UAAUUACAGCGUCACAGAUUAGAUAAACGAUCUAGCAGCCCGAGAUGUUCAGAACGGAAACGUCAUUUGGGAUAUUUAUACAGUUUGAUCGUGUUAUUAGUUGUUUGAUUAAUGAUGUGAAGCACAAGAAAAAUUAAUAGUGAACUAUAAAAAAAAACAAAAUUUGUUACAUCGCGUACUGUACAUUCAAUCGGCGAAAAAAUGUCCUCGAAAAAAAGUGUCAAAACAGUAACGAUACAAUUGCGCCCUGUGCAUCGUGGAAGAACUUCCACCGAACAGCAGCCAACAGCAGGUCCCUCCAGUGGACCACCCGUCAAACCGUUGGCAACUAAAUCGCGCUAUAAAAUCUAUGAAAUACCACGCAAAUCGGAGUUUUCUGAAUAUCUCGAAAAGAUAAGGCGUGAACAAGAACUACGGCAGGAACAGGAUGGAAACCGUCGUGCAACACUGGCCCGUGAUCAGGAUGCGGGCCCUAGCCAACAAGCUGAAUAUCCGCAGAAGCUUUUCGUUUUCGAUAAGCCCAUCAUCCCCACGGGACAGGGAAGUGUGGUCCAGUAUAGGCCAAAGGAGCGCCAUCCGUUCAAGGAGCUUGUCAGUAACUACUUUAGGCGAAGCUCACAUCCAAGGGAAACGAUACGGCUGUACAAGCUGCCCAUCGUACAAAGCUGGGAGGAAGCGAUUGAAGAGUCACUCAGAAAGCUGGCCGCACAAAGAUCGUCCCGGGGACAAGCGUGGAAACAAUCGCGACUAAAAUGGUUGGAAGAUUUGGAACAAGCAAAUACAAAUCUAGCGACACCGAACAGAACCGUCGGUACCGAGGAAGCUAUUGAUCCGUCCAUAUGCUGUUUUCUCAUGUGGUGUCGACGCGACCAUCGUGUAUCAGAUGGCUUACCUUUGGGAGAUUUUUCCUCUGUGCCGAGGUAG